UUAAACUGUGACUUGAAGCGACAACAUCGUCGGUGGCUGCGCACAAAACCAAUAAAGUAGAAAGAAAGAAGAAAAUUAUUUUAUAUUCGUGUGUUUUAUUUAGUUUUAUUAUUGUGAUACAUACAACAACAACAACAACGACAUGUUGAGCCUCUGGGCGUGCCUAUUACUGGUCUGCUCCAUACAAGCGGUUCCAUUCUAUGGCGACUUUAUGCAACACCUAACCCGCCCAUUGCCGCUGCAUCGCACGCUCUUUGCGCCCAUUCCAUUAGCACCACUACCACCACUCGAGCCACUGCAUGCACAGGCGGCGACGCGGCGCAUCGCUAGCGUUUGGCCAGCGCCACCGCCAGCGUCCGCGCCCGCUCCUCUGGCACCGCAGCUGGCCGGAUCAUCAGCCCAUGCUAAUGCGCCAUUGUUGUUGCCACUCUACAGUAGCUUCAGCAGCGAGGGAGAUACGGAGUUCGUGCCCCUAGAACAUCAGGGACGUCAGGAUCGGCCUGUGGCCACUUCAAAGCCCUCGACGGGAACUCCCUCCCAGACAGUGCCCAGCACACAUGGUCUCGAGACGAAGCCGUUCAAUGUCGAUGCCAUUACAACGGAUAUAAAUGCCCCUAAUCCUGGCCUCUUCUUCCAACAAUCCUUCCCAUUCUUUGGCAAUGAGUUCUUCAACUCUUUUGGCGGCUUUGGCUUUGCUCCCGGUGCUCAGGAGCCCUGGUGGAAGGGACCCAAUGUGUGCACCGAAAAGGAGGAGAGCAACGGCACAACCACGGAAACCGACACUGAAGCCGAUGAGACAAUCGACACAUUCGGUCAGGAACGUGAUGGCACCAGCGUGGUGCGUUCGCCGCUCUUCGGCCAAUUCCACUUCAGCGUAAAUUCCUGCGCCGAGAAACCAAACAAGCAUGUCUGCACAAAAAUCAUUAAUCAAAAUGGCAAGAAGAAGACGCUCACACUGACUCGCCAAUGCUGCCGCGGCUAUGGACGUCCACGCAACGCCGACUUCACCACCCCAUGUGAGAAGAUCGACAUCAAAGACAUUGAGGCAACAGCUGCUGACAUGGGCGCCAAGCAGUUCAUUGAGAGCGCCAAGAGCGCCGGUCAGCUGGGCUCCAUGUUGGGUAACGGUUCCAAUAAGAAGAUGACACUCUUUGUGCCCAACGAUGCGGCAUUCGCGGAGUAUCGCGCUCAGCAUCAACAGGAGAAUAAUGUGGAGGACGCCAAGGCAGAGGAGUCUCAGAAUGCCAUUUAUAAAAUGCAUGCUGUCCUCGGAGAAAUUCAAUUGGACGAUGUGCCGAAUGAGAAGCUGUUGCAGACUGAGCUGCCCGAUCAGAAGAUACGCAUCAAUAGCUAUCAAUUGCCGCCGGUUUUGGGUCUCGAGCCAUAUCGCUAUGGAGCCAACUGUGUGCCAAUUGAGAAGCACGACAAAUUAUCGGAGCAGGCAUUGGUCCACACACUGACCGGUGUCCUCAAACCCUUGCGCAAGACAGUUAUGGACAUCAUCCGGGAGCGUGCCGAUAUGUCGAUCAUGAGAACCGUGCUGGAGAAGACCAACAUCAGUGCCCUGCUGGAGGGUGACAAGCCCGUGACUAUUUUCGUGCCCACUGAUGCCGCCUUCGAUAAACUGGAACCACACUUGAGACGUGCGCUCAAGGAGGGACGCGGCUGUGCUUCAAACAUUCUGAAGAACCACAUGCUCGAUCUGACCUUUUGCUCGCUGGCCACAGUGCCCGGUGCGAAGACCACAGCCUACAACUUGUUGGGUGAGCCCCUGCUGCUCAAUCGCACUAAGCGCGCGGCUGAAGGCGAAACCGAGGUCGAAAAUCUGACUGGCGAUUCGCCGAUCUACAUCAACAAUAUUGCCAAGAUUUUGGAUGCCGACAUUAUGGGUACCAAUGGUGUGCUGCAUGUGAUUGACACGAUUCUGCCCACGCAAUCGGCCUUGCCAAUGACCACCUUGAUGGAGCAGAAGAACUUGACGCUCUUCAAGAGUUUGCUGGAGGCCUCCGGCUAUGAUGAUAUGUUCGAUGAUCUGAACAACGUCACGAUCUUUGCGCCCACGGACAAAGCUCUGCAGAACUCGGAAUGGGCACGUCUACUGAAGGAGCAGCCAGACACAUUGGAUCACAAUCUGGACUUGCUUGAGUUCCUCAACUAUCACGUGAUCAAGCCCAUGAUCAAGACCUGCGAUCUGUCCGAGCGCUCGAUACCCACUGUGGCUGGCUCGAAAGUCCGCUUGAAUCUGUACUCCACCCAUGCCCUCUUCUCCGAUGUCAUGAACCGUGCCACUGUCAAUUGCGCCCGCCUGGUCCAUUUCGACGAUGAGAGCUGCGGUUCGGUGCUCCAUCAACUGGAUCGUCCAUUGACCCCACCAAAGAACAACCUCUUGAAAUCGCUGGAGGCCAACCCCAACUACAGCAAAUUCUUGGAGCUGGUACGUAAUGCAAACCUCACGCACCUGCUGGCUAACGAGUCCGAGAGCUACACACUUUUGGUGCCCAAGAACGAUGUCUUUGAUGAGUUCGAGACGAACGAGUCCAAGACCGCGCAGAGCAAGGACGAAGUGGAGGCUUUGGUUAAAUCGCAUAUUGUCAACGAUGUGGUUUGCUGCGCCGGCAUUAUACCCACCAAUUGGCCCUUCGUCCGCUCCAUCGAAUCCAUCUCGGGCCAGCAUUUGCGCAUUACACGCGACCGUCGUCCCAAGAUCGAGAAUGCCGGCGUUACUAAAUGCGAUGUGAUGGCCACCAAUGGUAUUGUCCACGAGAUUAAUGACAUUAUAGUGCCGAGACCUCAGCAGCGCCGACCACAGGCCCCACUUGGCUAUCAGCCUCAUGGUGAUUUCGAUGCCUUCUUCUAACAUCUUUGCAUAUGAUUGGCAUUAUUUAUAAUUAUAUAUAUACAUAUACAUAUGUGUGUGCAUCUCUCUCUCUCUCUAUCUCCCUCGAUAUAUAUUUAUAUUAAUUUUAAAUCGAUUUAUCGAAGCGCGUUUUUCAAACCGCAUAUGAUUAAUGAGUUUUCAAGCGCCUUAUGUAGAUUGCGAAAUGUAAUAAGAAGAAAUCUCGGAUAAAUAAAAAAAUCAUAGAACCUAAUAAA